GGAGUGUCUGAAAGAGCCAGCAAACCUGGUGCAGGGAUCAGCCACAGCCUGGUUCUCUGUCGUUGACAAUAUCCUGGGCACAGCCAUGCAGUACCUGCAGCAGCUCUUCCAGAUGCCCUUCAGCUGCAGGGAGCAGAACUUGGUCCUGCUUGCCCCCAACAUCUUUGUCCUGGACUAUCUGAAUAAGAUAGGACAGCUGAAUGAGGAGACUAAAUCCAAGGCCAUCGGAUACUUAGCCAGCGGGUACCAGAAGCAGCUGUCUUACGAACACCCAGAUAGAUCCUACAGUGUCUUUGGAAGCAGAGAUAAGGAAGGAAGAAACUCAUGGCUCUCCGCCUUCAUAUAUAAAUCACUUGCACAAGCCAAAUGCUACAUCUAUAUUGUUGACAAGGUCCAUUCUCAAACUCUGGUCUGGCUGGCAAGCAAACAGAAGCCAGACUGAUGAUUCCAAAAUGCUGGGAAACUCUUCAAUAACAACUUGAAGGUCUUUCCUUCAUCUGGCCCUUUGUGUUCUGCAGUGAAGUAUUUGGACCAAAUUCAGACCUGUCAAAAUCUUCUCCAGCAAGUCCUUCGGAAGGAGCUUUCAAGUGGACUGCAAGAACCACCUGCUGCUCCUGUCUGAUAUUUUGAGAAAUUACAGCGUGGAAGUGAAUGGCCAUGGCUGUGUCUAUGUGCAGCACAGAGAUCCCCAGCCCACUGCCCCCACUGUGGGGCAGCUCCACCCAAUAAUUCUGAAUACAACAUCCUUGUGCCUGAGAAGACAUCUGGGUUCUCUUUCUCUCUCUCUCUCUCUGUGCAGACAGUGAAUGCUUCCUGCACAGCUGAUGUGCCAGCAAAGUUUGACCUUGUCGUUUCAGCCAGUUAUGCCGGGAAGUGCAAUAGCUCCAGCAUUGUUGAUGGCAAGAUGCUCUUAGGCUUUGUCCCUGUCGGAUCAUCCCUGUGGAAGCUUCAGGGUGAUCGUAUGCUGAUGCAGGUGGAAACCAAGAACAACUGUGACCUCUUCAACUUGGAGAGUGUAAAUCUGAGCCUCACAGAAAAAUAUCACUUUCUCUUUCGAGCAAGAAUUUCCUGUGUUCAACAUCAAACCAGCUUCAGUGCUGAUCUAUGAUCACUAUGAAAUAGAUGAACAUGUUCUUGCUGAGUACAGCACAGCCUGUGGUCAGACAUCUCACUCUGAAAGCAGCUACAAGUCUGCACCAGAUAGAGCAAAUUGACAAACCCAGACUGAGAAAAGAAGCCAGAGCAUUUAUUUCCCCUCUUUCCUUCUGCAAUCCUUCCGCUACUACUUGUAGAUGGUCCUGGCCCCCUGCCCUUAUCUCGCCCCUCCCGGGGGCUGUUUGCAGAAAGAGGUAUAAAGGGGCGGACCCAGCGGACAGCCAGGGUGCAGGGAGCCAGCAGACGAGGCUGUGUGUCUGCCUCACUCACCAUCCUCGCUCUGCACCAUGGGGAAGGACAGGCUGCCCGGUGGCCCGAACAUCUUCCUCCUGCUCCUCUUCCUCCUCCCUGGAGACACGUCACCCACCACUGAACCGCAGUACUUGGUGCUAGUGCCCUUUCUGAUCCACACCAACGUUCCUGAAAAGGUCUGUAUCCAGCUGACCCACCUGAAUGAGUCUGUGACGCUGAGCACCACGCUGGAAUACGCAGGGGAGAACAGAAGCCUGAUCGCAGACGUGGUGUCGGAGAAGGAUGUGUUCAAGUGUGUCCCGUUCACAGUUCCAAAGUCCAGCAGCUCAUCAGCAGCGUUUCUCACGGUGCGGGUGAAGGGGCCGACGCUGGAGUUCAGGAGCCGGAAAUCAGUGCUGGUCAAGAACUCAGAGAGCCUGGUCUUUGUCCAGACGGACAAACCCAUCUACAAACCAGGGCAAACAGUUCUAUUUCGGAUCGUCUCUCUGGAUGAAGACUUCCAUCCUCUGAAUGAGAAGUUUCCACUGGUCUUCAUCAAGGAUCCGCAAAAAAACCGUGUAUAUCAGUGGCAAGAGGUGGAGUUAAAUGGGGGCCUCACCCAGCUCUCCUUCCUCCUGACCUCCGAGCCCAUCCAAGGCACCUACAAAGUGGUGGUGCAGAAAGAGUCAGGGACCAAUCUAGAACACUCCUUUACUGUGGAGGAAUACGUGCUGCCCAAGUACGAGGUGUCAGUGAAGCUGCCCAAGAAAAUCACCAUCCAGGAUGAGGAGCUGAAAGUGGCCGUCUGUGGUCUAUACACCUAUGGGACCCCUGUGCCCGGCCUGGUGAAUGUCCGUGUGUGCCGGAGAUUCUCCCAGUCCAGGUCACACUGCUAUGGAAGAGAGGCCGAGGCUGUGUGUGAGGAAUUCACCAGACAGGCGGACAUUCGAGGCUGUGUCUCCAACGUGGUGAAGACUAAAAUAUUCCAGCUCAAGCGAAAGGGUUAUGAGAUGAAAAUUGAGGUGCAAGGCAAGAUCACGGAAGAGGGUACAGGGGUAGAGUUAAUUGGGACAGGCUCCAGUGAGAUCACAGGCACCAUGAGCACAAUCAGCUUUGAGCAGGUGGACUCUCAUUACAAACCAGGGAUCCCCUUCUCCGGGCAGGUGAAGCUGGUGGACGGGACCGAUUCUCCAAUCACCAAUGAAACAAUCCGGAUUUCCAUAGGGGAAAACAAAUACGAAGCCAACUACACAACAAAUGAAGAGGGCCGAGUCUGGUUUUCCAUAGACACUGUCAACUUCACAGACACCUCCAUUCACAUCACUGCAAACCAUAAACAUGAACUGAACUGUUACGACACAGACUGGGUCACCCCUGUGUAUGGUAACGUCGUUCACACAGCAACACGCUUUUACUCCCCAAGUAAGAGCUUUCUCAAAAUCGAGCCCAUGUCUCAGACUUUAAGCUGUGGAUCCAAUGUGAUGGUCCGGGUGCACUACAUCCUGAAGCCAGAGGCCAUGGGGGAGCAGAAGGAAAUCGUCUUUUACUAUUUGGUGAUGGCCAAGGGAGGCAUUGUGAGGGCAGGCACCGAGGUGCAUCCCGUGGGGGAUAGAGAACUUAUCCAGGUAUUUGAGCUGAGGCUCCCCGUGAGGCCUGAUAUUGCCCCCCUGGCCCGGAUACUCAUAUAUACCACUUUGCCCAGCGGGGAAGUUAUCGCCAAUUCCGAAGAUUUCAAGAUUGAAAACUGCUUUGCCAAUAAGGUCGACUUGCAUUUCUCACCGGCCGAGGGCCUCCCCGCCUCCGACACUCACCUCCGGGUCAGAGCCUCCCCGGGCUCCCUGUGCGCCAUCCGUGCUGUGGACAAGAGUGUCCUCCUCAUGAAGCCUGAAGCCGAGCUCUCGCCCAGCUCUGUGUAUGAUUUGCUCCCGGUGAAGGAGAUCAGGGGUUAUAAUUACCGGGAGCACCAUUUGGAGGAAGAAGAUGAUAACCCUUGUGUGACACUCGAGAACGUCAUUUUAAAUGGAUUCAUCUACAGACCCAUUUCUCCUGACGGUGAAGGGGACGCCUACAACGUUCUCAAGGAGAUGGGUUUAAAAGUCUUCACCAGCUCCAAGGUCCAUAAGCCCAAACUCUGCAUGGAGAGAAUGUACGGUGUAUCUAUGGAAUAUGCGAGGCUCUCAUAUGAUGCAGAUGUUUCAGUUAAUGACAUGAUGGAAGAUCUCCCUCAUGGCCCAGUGGAGACCAUCCGGAAGUAUUUCCCUGAGACGUGGAUUUGGGAUUUAGUUCCAAUGAAGUCUGAUGGAAGAGCUGAUUUGGCCGUGACCAUCCCCGACACCAUCACAGAAUGGAAAGCCAAUGCGUUCUGCACUUCAAGUGAUACUGGCUUUGGCCUGUCCCCGACCGUGUCCCUCAGAGCCUUCCAGCCCUUCUUCGUGGAGCUCACCCUGCCCUACUCUGUGGUGCGCGGCGAGGCCUUCACACUAAAGGCCACUGUCUUCAACUACCUGACCCGCUGCAUCAGGGUCAGCAUCUCACUGGCUUCAUCUGAUGACUUCCGGGCUACCCCUGUGGAGAAGGAAGAAGAAUCUUAUUGUCUCUGUGUGAAUAGACGGAAAACAGUGUCUUGGGCUGUGACCCCAGAAUCUCUGGGUACUGUGAAUUUCUCAGUGAGCGCUGAGGCCCUGAAGACAGAUCUGCCCUGCGGGAACGAGGUAGUGGAGUCCCUAGACAAAGGGCGGAAGGACACGGUGAUCAAACAGCUGUUAGUGGAGCCUGAAGGGCUUGAGAAGGAAACGACCUACAACUUCCUGCUCUGUGCAGCUGGAAAGACAGCGCCGCAGCUAAUGCCCCUGAAGCUCCCAGAGAACGUGGUGCAGGGCUCAGCCAGAACCUAUUUCUCAGUGCUAGGCGAUAUCCUGGGCACAGCUAUGCAGAACCUGCAGCAGCUUCUCCAAAUGCCCUUCGGCUGCGGGGAGCAGAACAUGGUCCUGUUUGCCCCCAACAUCUACGUCCUGGACUAUCUGAAUAAGACGGGGCAGCUGAGCGAGGAAACCAAAUCCAAGGCCGUCGGAUACUUAGUCAGCGGUUACCAGACACAGCUGAAGUACAAACACUGGGACGGCUCCUACAGCACAUUUGGGCCACAACAUGGGCAAUCAGGGAACACCUGGCUGACGGCCUUCGUCCUCAAGUCCUUCGCGCAGGCCCGCUCUCAUAUCUUCAUCGAGGAGAAGCACAUCCAGGAUGCCCUGGCCUGGCUCGCUGGCAAGCAGAAAGACAACGGCUGCUUCCGCAGCUCCGGGACGCUCCUGAACAAUGCCAUAAAGGGCGGGGUGGACGAUGAGGUCACGCUCUCUGCCUACAUCACCAUCGCACUGCUGGAGAUUCCUCUGCCCAUCACUCACUCUGUGGUCCGUAAUGCUCUGUUCUGUCUGGAGACGGCCGCAGAGCAGGGCGGAAACCACGUGUACACCAGGGCGCUGCUGGCCUACGCCUUUGCCCUGGUGGGGGGGGAGGAGAAGCGCAGGGCACUGCUGGACUCGCUUGAUAAGGAAGCUGUGAAAGAAGAUGGCUCCAUUCACUGGCAGAGGCCCGGGAAGGAGCCGGAGGCAGAUCUCCCCUUCUAUCACCCCCGUGCUCCUUCUGCCGAGGUGGAGAUGACGUCCUAUGUGCUCCUCGCUUACCUCACCACGCGGCCGGCACCAUCCCAAGGAGACCUAUCAUUAGCAGCUCAAAUUGCAAAGUGGAUCAGCAAGCAGCAGAAUCCCAAUGGGGGCUUCUCCUCCACCCAGGACACAGUGGUGGCGCUCCAGGCGCUAUCCCGAUAUGGAGUCUCCACCUAUGCCAUGAGCGGAGGAGCGUCCACAGUGACCCUGCAAUCCACAAGGAAGUUCCAGGCCCAGUUCCAGGUGGAUCACACAAACCGUCUGCUGCUCCAGCGUAUGGCACUGCCAGAGGUGCCAGGGGACUACAGCAUGGGGGUGACAGGAGAAGGAUGUGUCUAUGUGCAGAUGAGCCUGAGGUACAAUGUGCUCCCCAAGCCGGGCGAGGCGCCAUUUGCGCUGGAGGUGCACACGGUCCCCAAGACAUGUGACAGCGUCAAGGCUCACAGGACCUUUGACAUCACCAUAAACAUCAGCUACACAGGGAAACGCCCUGUCUCCAACAUGGUCAUCGUUGACAUUAAGAUGCUGUCAGGAUUCAUCCCUGUGAAGUCAUCAGUGAGGAAGCUGGAAGGACAUAACCACAUCCAACGCACAGAUCUGAGCACCAACCAUGUGCUGCUGUAUAUGGAGCAGGUGAGCAAUGUGACUCAGAGUUUCUUCUUCGCGGUGGAGCAGGACUUCCCCGUGCAGAGCCUGAAGCCGGCGCUGGUGAAAGUCUAUGAUUACUACGAGACGGAUGAAUUUGCCAUCGCCGAGUACAGCGCCCCCUGCAGCAAAGUGGGAGCCGAGCAGAGCAAUGUGUGAGGGAUGGAGUCAUGUUCCGAGUCUCCGGCAUCCCACCCGCUUAGCCUCUGCGCAGGCUGAGGUGGUUGGAUGGAGCGACAGAGAGAAAACAGCAGCAAGAAGAGGGAAACAAACAUUACAAAUAAAUGAAUUCACCCACCUGACCAAUGGCUCC